GGGCCGCGGGGCCGGGCCGGGCCUGCCGCGGGCGCCAUGAGCCAGGGUGGCGGGGCCGCCGGCGAGAGCGGCGAGCCGGAGGCCAAGGUGCUGCACACCAAGCGGCUGUACCGGGCAGUGGUUGAGGCUGUGCACCGGCUGGAUCUCAUCCUUGGCAAUAAGGCAGCUUAUCAGGAUGUGUUCAAGCCAGAGAACAUCAGCUUGAGGAACAAGCUGCGGGAGCUGUGCGUGAAGCUGAUGUUCCUGCAUCCAGUGGAUUAUGGAAGAAAAGCAGAAGAACUGCUCUGGAGAAAGGUUUACUAUGAAGUUAUCCAGCUCAUUAAAACAAAUAAAAAGCACAUCCACAGCCGCAGCACCCUGGAGUGCGCGUACCGGACUCACCUGGUGGCUGGCAUCGGCUUCUACCAGCACCUCCUGCUCUACAUCCAGUCCCAUUACCAGCUGGAGCUGCAGUGCUGCAUCGACUGGACACACGUGACAGACCCUCUCAUAGGCUGCAAGAAACCCGUGUCUGCAUCAGAGAAGGAGAUGGAGUGGGCACAGAUGGCCUGUCACCGAUGUCUGGUUUAUCUGGGAGAUCUAGCUCGCUAUCAGAAUGAGCUGGCAGGUGUGGACACGGAGCUGCUGGCUGAGCGAUUUUACUAUCAAGCCCUUUCUGUUGCACCACAAGUUGGAAUGCCCUUCAACCAACUGGGGACAUUGGCAGGGAGCAAAUACUACAAUGUGGAAGCGACCUACUGCUACUUACGCUGCAUCCAGUCUGAAGUGUCCUUCGAAGGUGCCUAUGGGAACCUGAAGCGGCUGUAUGACAAAGCAGCCAAGAUGUAUCAUCAGCUGAAGAAAUGUGAAACCAGGAAGCUGUCUCCAAGCAAGAAACGAGGAAAAGACAUUAAGAGGUUGCUGGUGAGCUUCAUGUACCUGCAGAGUCUUUUGCAGCCAAAGAGCAGCUCUUUGGAUUCUGAGCUGACAUCUCUCUGCCAGUCUGUGCUGGAGGAUUUCAACCUGUGCUUGUUCUACCUGCCCUCUCCGCCUAACCUGAGCUCAACCAGUGAAGAUGAAGAAGAAUAUGACAGUGGCUAUUCCUUCCUUCCUGAUCUCCUGAUCUUUCGCAUGGUGAUCAUCUGCCUUAUGAGCGUUCACAGCCUCAAGAGGGCAGGUUCCAAGCAGUACAGUGCAGCCAUUGCCUUCACACUGGCUCUCUUCUCUCACCUGAUAAAUCACGUCAAUAUUCGCCUCCAGGCUGAGCUAGAAGAAGGGGAAAAUCCUGUCCCAGCCUUUCAGAGUGAUGGCACAGAUGAGCAGGAGCCACGGGAGGCUGUGAACUCAAUUGAGAAGGAAGCUGAAGCUGAGUUGGCCAAUCAUCAGCCCAGCGAGGAGCAGCGGAAGAACGACUGCAAGAAAAGCAAAAAGUACUCUCGUCUGUCCUGCCUGCGCCGCCGCCGCCACCCCCAGAAGGUGGAUGAGAGCGACCUGAGUGAGGGCUUUGACUCUGACUCCAGCCAGAGCUCCAUCAAGGGCAGUGAUGGCUCAGAGAGUGGUUCAGAGAAGAGCGAUGAGGAAGCAGAAGCUGCUUUUGAUGUGGAGACAGACUCUGACAUGAACAGCCAAGAAUCUCGGUCUGACUUGGAGGACAUGGAGGAUGAACCGGGUGAGGAAGGAGGCAGCCAAGGCAAAAGUGGGCCCAAAGAGGCCCUAAAAAACUGUGUGGAUAGCAGUGGGCUGGGGGACUCCAAGAGCCCAAGCAUCUCCAAAACUGAAGCUGUAGAUCCAGCAGUCAAUGGGCCAGCUUCCCUGAGCACUAAUGAUGCAAGCAUAGCCAGUAAUCUCCAGGCCAUGUCCACCCAGCUGUUCCAGACCAAACGCUGCUUUCGCUUGGCUCCCACGUUCAGCAACAUCCUCCUGAAACCCAACAGUGAACCACCUGCCUUGAAGGGUGGGAUAGAGAGCAAGCCAUGUGUCAAUGGAGAUCUGGAGAAGCCCAGCUUGGCAGAGCAAGAUGAUGUGUCUGACUCAGAAGAAAGUAUUUCAAGUAACAAAUCCUGCAGAAAUGAGCGAUCCCUUCAGGAGAAGUUGGAGAUUGUGACCAAUGAAGGGCUGCUGCUUACUGUCAAGGUGUUCCUGGACUGGCUGAGGACAAACACAGACCUCAUCAUUAUGUGUGCUCAGAGCUCUCAGAGCCUGUGGAACAGGCUGUCUGUACUCCUGAACCUUCUGCCUUCAGCUGCAGACCUGCAGGAAUCAGGGCUGGCCCUGUGUGAUGAAGUCAAAGACAUCCUGAGUGAUGCUGAGCUCCCAGACCUGAAGGCCAACCUGCUGCUCCCGGAAGAUGUGGCCCUGCGCAAUCUCCCCCCUCUGAAAAAUGCACACAAGAGGUUUAACUUCGAGCAGGAUCGGCCCAUUUUCUCAGCAGUUGAGGAGUCUGUCGUGCGGAUCUGCUGCAUUCGGAGCUUCGGCCACUUCAUUACCCACUUGCAAGGCAGCAUCCUGCAGUUCAACUCAGAGCUUGGGAUCUUCAUCAGCAUAGCACAGUCAGAGCAAGACAGCUUGUUGCACCAGGCCCAGGCUCAGUUUCACAUGGCUGCAGAGGAAGCUCGUCGGAACAGGCUCAUGAGAGACAUGGCUCAGCUUCGUCUGCAGCUGGAGGUGUCUCAGCUGGAGGGAAGUCUCCAGCAGCCCAAGGCACAGUCAGCCAUGUCUCCUUACCUUGUUCCGGACACCCAGGCCCUCUGCCAGCACCUGGCUCUUGUCAAGCAGCUGGCCACCAGCGGGAGGUUCAUAAUCAUCAUCCCUCGAACAGUUAUCGAUGGCCUAGACUUCCUGAAAAAGGAGAACGCCGGUGCUAGGGACAGCAUUCGGUAUCUGGAGGCAGAAUUUAAAAAGGGAAACAGGUACAUUCGUUGCCAGAAGGAUGUUGGGAAGAGCUUUGAGAGGCAUAAGUUGAAGAGACAAGAUUUAGAUGCCUGGAAUCUCUAUAAAAUACUGGACAGCUGCAAACAACUGACAGUGUCCCAGGGCAGCGGAGAGGACGACACCACAGGAAUGGUCACCAUCAUCACGGGCUUCCAGCUGGAGGACCCGAGCUCCUUCUCAGUGCCCAUGCAGUCUGCCAUCCAGGCAGCCGCCAAUGCCAGCAUAGAGAUAAAAAAUGUUCUGGAGUUCUACAAGCAGUGGAAAGAGAUGGGCUGAUGGUCAGAAAGGCAUCGGGUUGGUGAACCUUUCUCUCCCCCUCUCGCAACGUGCAGCGUCUGAACGAAGGAAACAACAAUCUGGGCGACACUUACGACACGAAGAAGCAGCAGCAGCAGCAGCAACAGCAUCAAAAAUACCUACCCAAACAAAUUAAAAAAAAAAAUCCAAAGUGGGCACGCACACUGACACCCUCCACCUGCAUCCUGACCAGACGGCUGUACAGCUCUGAUGGCGCCAACUGCUCUGAGAGAGGCCCCUCGGUAUGGCCGGGGCAGAGCUCUGCCCUUCUCCCAGUCGGCAGAGAUGGGCAAGAGACAGGCAGUCCUUCAUCCCCCUCCUUCCUCCCAAAGCUUGCUUGGCCAGCAGAAGCAGGCUGGUGGUUCAAAGCGUGGACUUCACUUCAGCAAAACCAAACCAGUGCAGCAGAAACGGAACCCUCCGGCUUGGGAAAGAAGAUCCAAAGAGUGUUUUGCUCUUGUUUGGCAAUCUGGGGACAGGAAAGUGGAUAGUAUUUCUUCCCCCCCGCCCCCCUUUUGAAUUAAUUAUUUUUCAAGGGUUUUUUUCUUUUUAAUUUUUAGUUUUUAUAUAUAUAAAUAAUAUUAAA